AUGCAGGAGAUUACAAGAGGGCGCAUGUCUGGCAGAGGCAUUGCAGCAGCCGAGAGCACACGACACAACCACCAGAGCCUCGACGAGCGGAAAUAUCACUUCGGAGUUUGGGAGAUUGUACAGAGCAACGUUCAAGAGCGAGACCGAUGCGACGGCUUGUCUGAGGCUCAGACCAUGCACAGUUACUCAGCUCUUCGUCAAGGACUUUGUAAUCGGCUGCUUGCUCCGCCCUACCGCUACUGCUCAGCUAUUCCUGCAUCUUGUGCUAUACGGCUGGCUAUCGGUCUCCAUCUUCCGGACGUAUGA